AUGUUCAAUUAUUCAAUCCAAAAUGCCUUGCAAGCACGAAUAUUUCAAGAGAGCGAAGUGCAGGAUUUGUUCAAGGGCAAGAAUAAGCAGAUAUUAAGUGCAAAACGUCACAAGGCAUUACACUUGGCAAGACUCCUAGUCAGAAACGCAUCUCGUGAAAGGUCUGAACUGGCAGAGUUACAAAUUGAGGCUCGAUCUAUGAGAUUUGGUGAUGAUAAAGGAAGAUAUAGUAUCCGUUUCAUGGCCGAAAAACUCGAUAAACAAAUUCCCAAAUCCGAGGCUUAUUUGAAUCUUGUCAGAAAAUUUACAACCCAUUAUAUUGCUAUCUAUGAUAAGUUGUUCUUUUUCGGAAGCUUAUUUGCUACUCGACGAGUUAGCUAUCGCGUGAAAUGGAUGGAAGAAAACAAAGUAAAGAAUUCCGUGGCUACAACCAGUGCUGAUCUAGACCCUUCAGACAAUCAAGUGAAAGAAUGCGCUAUUAACUUGCAUUCAGGAGAUGGUUUAGGGACACUCGCCCACGAGAUGUUACACGCUUUCAUGCUCAUUUUUGGCUGUCGCGGCUGUUACAAGCCACCGGAGCAAACUACUGACGCUGGCCAUGGACAUGCGUGGCAAGACGCAGCAUAUGAAAUCGAGGUUGCAUGUGACCUAUUUCUAUCCAAUGAUGUCAAUUUGGGUCGAUGGACUUCGUUAUCACAUGAUGUAGAAAACCAUGGAAUGCCUAUGCCCGAAGAAAGGUUGUUAAGAAAGUGGGACCUGAUAGGACCGCAUCCUUUCCAGCAGACACCAGAGGUUCCGGAAUCAGCAGGAAAGACAAAUAAUAUUACCAAGAAAAUUUCUGAGCCGUCUUCUUCGAAACAAGAGCUACCUCAUCGUCCAACAGGAAAAUUAGGUGGUGAACACGAUAAAUGUGAAGGUACUAGCAGAACUGGUGAACGUGCACCUCCUCGCAAAGAAGAAAAACGGGAUCCUCCUCGCAAAGAUAAUAGAGGUGAAAACCGUGUACCCCCUAAGAGUGGUGAGCUUGGGAAGAAGCGUGAGAAACUUGACCCCCCUAAGACUAGUGAACGUGCAUCUCCUCGCAGAGAUGAUAGAGGUGAAAGACGUGAUCCCCCUCGCUCUAAAGCGAACGAGGAAAUUGGGAGUUCAAAAAAUUCAUCGAGGCAGAAUCUGACUCCGGCUGCCGAAAAUAAACCCAGUCGCAAACUCGAUCCGUCUAAGAGAAGGACACCUCUUGGGUGA